AUGCACAAUCACGAGAAGCACGCGCAUUCAGCACCGUCGCCUGACAUUCCGUUGCAGGCGCACGGUAUACCUCUGCUGGAGCGCGACCAGACGCCUCUCAAGUUCGCACGCCGCCAUCAUAGCGAUAUACCCCGUCAUGAUGAGUCCGGAUAUGCGCACUACAAGGAUAUGCAGGACAUCGCCUUGGCGAAUGCCAUACGCGAGUUCGAGGAAGAAUUGAGACUGCGCUGCGGAAUCAAGCGCUUGGAAAUACAGAAACAAAAGCUGAUCGUGUAUUGUCACAGCCAGAGUAAACUAUCACAGCAGGAGCUGGCCGAUCUCCAGAAAGCGACACACUUCGAUAAGAAAGAGUUACAGCAAUGGUACAAAGGCUUCCUGAAGGACUGUCCAUCGGGCAUGCUCACCAAAGAGGAGUUCCAAAAGAUCUAUAAGCAGUUCUUUCCAUUUGGUGAUCCGUCAUCGUUUGCGGAUUAUGUCUUCAAUGUCUUCGACGCAGAUAAAUCCGGCACAAUCGACUUCAAGGAGUUUAUUUGCGCAUUGAGCGUCACAAGUCGGGGCAAGAUGGAAGACAAGCUUGACUGGGCGUUCCAGUUAUACGAUAUCGACGGGGACGGCAAGAUCAGCUACGAAGAGAUGUUGGCGAUCGUCGAAGCCAUCUACAAAAUGGUCGGCUCCAUGGUUAAGCUCCCGGAAGACGAAGACACCCCCGAGAAGCGCGUCAAGAAGAUCUUCCGCAUGAUGGACAAGGACGAGAACGGCAGCUUAGACAUGGCUGAGUUCAAGGAGGGCUCGAAGCGCGACGAGACUAUCGUUUCUGCCCUGUCUCUCUACGAUGGUCUUGUGUGA